AUGAAGCUUGCACACCUUCAUUUCCCCGACAUCACCUCCUUCACCCGGGUCGCGCAUCUCCAGCAAAUCCUGACCACCCGUCUCCUCGCAUACAAGCGACUGAGCUCUCCAGUAGCCGCAGGUACAGCAGCGAUACAGUCCAGCCGAUCAGAUCCCACACCCCCAGACCCCACCAUCAUAACCUUCACCCCAAACCCAGUCUACACAACCGGCCGCCGAGACCUCCCACCGUCCAACACCGCCCCCUCCUCGCCAUCCGCGCCUCUCUCCCUCCCGCCGUCCCUGGAACCCAUCCGCUCCAUCCUCACCGCACCACCCAACGGCUCGCCCAGAGCGGAGUACCAUCCCACCCUGCGCGGGGGGCAGACGACCUACCACGGGCCCGGGCAGAUGGUCGCAUACACGAUUCUGGAUCUGCGACGGCUGGGCCUCACCCCGCGGUGCCAUAUCCGCGUGCUGGAGAAUAGUGUCAUCGAUGUUCUGCGCGGGUAUGGUGUCCAGGGUUUUGUGACCGAGGACCCCGGGGUGUGGGUGCGGCCGCGGCCGGCUACGAACACGGCUGCGGCUAUGGCUGUGUCUGCGGGUGGGGACGGGGAUGCAGAUGGUGUUCUGCCUAAGAAAAUCACCGCUGUGGGGGUUCAUCUCCGGCGGAAUAUCAGUAGCUACGGGGUUGGGUUUAAUGUGACGGAGGAGCCGAUGUGGUAUUUUAAGCAGAUUGUGCCGUGUGGGCUUGAGGGGCGGGAGGCGACCAGUCUGGAGGGCGAGGGUGUGCCGGGUGUGUCGAUCGGGGAGGUUGCGGACAAGUUUGUGGAUGCGUUUGUACAGAGGGUGAAUGCGGAUUUUGCAUGUGGGGGGAGUGCAAUGGGGGAGAAGAUCGAGGGUGUGUACAGUGUCCGGGAAGAGGAUCUCCUCCGACAAUAG